ACGUUCCGUGUCCCGCCCCUCAGUUUGACCUCCCUCAGCACAGGUGGCGGUGGCUUGACGCAAAGUACUAGUGUGACUGGCAGGUGUGACCCUUAAGACACGUGUGGCUCACGGUACGCGGCUGGUCCGUAGGCGUAGCAAGAUGUCACAGGUCAAAAAGACGCCUGAUGUGUUAACUAAAGGCGAGGAAGCUGGUUGCAGCGAAGGUCCAGGAUCUGCACUGCCACCGCCUCUUCCACCUCGCCAGCUGAGGGUGGUAGAGGGAGGGGAAGGGAACGCAACACAGCCCAGCAAGACCCUUCGUGUGCUGGCAAAAGUUAACCUGGUAAUGGCAGGAGUGGUAUUCUUCUGUCAGGUGGUGGUGGCGGCGUGCCUGUGUCGCCCUGUGGUGGUGAUGGGCGGGGUGUGGGUGGGCGUGCUGGUACUAGUGCAGGCUGUGUUAGGUCUCCGCGCCCGUUCCUCACACGCAUUGCUGGUGGGGCACGCCUGGGUGUCGGGCGUGGUGUGCCUCGUGUGUGUGGCGGCGGCAGCCUAUCUCUUCUCCGGCCACCUCAUCCUCGCUUGUGUUUCGGCCUUCCACCGCCCAGACCACGCCUCGGUGGUGAGGCUGUACGUGGUGGAAGUCGUGGGGCUGGUGGCGUGCCUCCCGAGCCUGGCUGCAGCUGUUGUCUGUCUCUUAGCCGCUGCCCUCUCCGCACGCGCUGCCUGCCCCCAUAAGCCGAAGAAGAGAGAGGCACCAUUUGUGCUAUACCUGCCGCGGUGGGGAGAGGGCGCCUGGCAUGCAAAUAAUCAGCCGGGCUCCACAAGUCCCCCUCCAGCUUUACCUAACCACCAGCCGUCCACCUCAGCAAUGUCACCGACCAGUCAGGGCGCUGAACGAACCAGUUCCCCCCCGCCCUCUUACAAUCAAGUGGCCGAGGAGUCAUACGCCUGAGUGAAUGUCCUGCACGCACAACCUAUGUCUCCAUUUUCGUAUUUUUUAAUAAGUUGGGCGUUGUCUGUGGGUCAAGAAAAAGUAGAAAAAAUGUCCGUUGAAGCUGUAAGUCCCUAGAGUUGAAUUGAAAAGGGUUAUUCAGAAUUAGAAAAAUGUCGUGAUGUUAACCUGGUGAAAAAAAUAAUAAAAUAGAUAAAAUAAAAUAAGACGGAUAUGUUUUGAAGA